AUGAAGUACUUCCUCGUUUUGCUUUUGGUGGCUUGCACCUAUGCAGCUGUUCAUCGGGCUGAGCUCAAGAAUUCUGGCUCACUUAGACGCCGACUGAUCAAAGCCGGAAAAUACCGUGACUUUUUGAUGAAGCAACAAAUGCAACGUUUAAUCCACAGCAAAAAUACUGGAACAAUGACAUUUAUUGACUAUUAUGAUGACUUUUAUCUUGGCAACAUAACUUUAGGAACACCUGCACAAACAUUCACUAUUGUUCCUGACACUGGCAGCUCUAAUCUGUGGGUUAUCAGCUCGGAAUGCAAAACUGAAGCUUGCAAAGGAUAUUCAGAAUCUGUAAGUCGUCAACGUACACAGCAGAUGGGACCGCAUUCUCUAUUCAGUACGGAUCCGGUUCAUGCUCUGUUCUCUGGUCUGAAAGUAGCAAAACAAAAGUUUGGUUUGUCGACCACAAUUGCUGAUGUUUUUGGAUAUCAACCGGUUGAUGGUAUUAUGGGUUUGGGAAAGAGGAAGCUGUCUGAGGGUGGUAACGGCGGUGUAAUUACCUACGGCGCAUUAGAUCCUACGCAUUGUACUGGUGAACCAGUUUACGUCCCGCUUUCGUCUAAGACAUACUGGCAAUUCCAGAUGGAUGGUUUCAAGAUUGGAACCUACACGUCGAACACAAAAUAUCAAGUAAUUUCCGACACUGGUACAUCAUGGAUUGGUGGACCAAGCUCAGCUAUUUCUGCUAUUGCUACCCAAACUGGAGGUUCUUACGACUGGUACAACCAACUCUAUACCGUCCCAUGCAGCAAGAUGGACACCGAUUUACCUCUCAUUUUCACCAUUGAUGGCCAAGAAUACUCUAUUCCAUCCUUCGAAUAUAUACUAGAUUUGGAGCUUGGUAGCGGAAACUGUGCCUUGACUUUCUUCGACAUGAGCGGCGGUGGAUUCUCACCAUCAUGGAUUCUUGGUGACACCUUCAUCAGAACCUUCUGCAACGUUCACGAUUAUUUUCUCGUUUUGCUUUUGGUAACUUGCACUUAUGCAGCUGUCCAUCAUGCUGAGAUUAAGAACUCUGGCUCGCUCAGACGCAGACUAAUCAAAGCUGGAAAGUACCACGAAUUUCUAAUUGACCAACAAAAGCUUCGUUUGCUUCACCGAAAAAAUACUGGUUCAAUGCCAUUUAUUGACUACUACGAUGACUUCUACCUCGGCAACAUCACUUUGGGAACACCUGCACAAACAUUUACUGUUGUUCCUGACACUGGCAGCUCUAAUCUGUGGGUUAUCAGCUCGGAAUGCAAAACUGAAGCUUGCAAAGGAUAUCCAGAAUCUGGUUUCAGAAAACAUCUUUAUGAUAAAAGGCACUUAAUACACACAGUCUUUAAGUCAUCAACUUAUAAAGAGGAUGGAAGAAGAUUCUCUAUUCAAUACGGAUCAGGAUCUUGUAACGGUUACCUUGCAGACGACGUUCUUCAAUUUGCCGGUCUUAAAGUGCAGAAACAAAAAUUUGGUUUGUCUACAACAAUUGCUGACGUUUUCGGAUACCAACCGGUUGAUGGUAUUAUGGGUUUGGGCUUUGAUUCAUUGCAUACCCAGGUGCCAGUACACUCUGCUUUUAGAAAGAGGAAGCUGUCUGAAGGUGGAAACGGUGGUGUGAUCACAUAUGGUGGUUUAGAUCCCAAACACUGUAGUGGCGAACCAGUUUACGUCAAACUUUCAUCUAAGACAUACUGGCAAUUCCCAAUAAACGGCUUUAAAAUUGGAACUUAUUCGUCAACUAAAAGAUAUCAAGUAAUCUCUGAUACUGGCACAUCAUGGAUUGGUGGACCUGGCUCAGCCAUUUCUGCUAUUGCUACUCAAGCUGGGGGUUCUUAUGAUUGGUUCAAUCAGCUCUAUCAAGUUCCAUGCAGCAAGAUGGAUACUGAUUUGCCUCUUGUUUUUAUCAUUGACGGCAAAGAAUACUCUAUUCCAUCCUUCGAAUAUAUUCUAGAUUUGGAACUUGGUGGUGGAAAGUGCGCUCUAACUUUGUUUGACAUGGAUGGCGGUGGAUUCUCACCGUCGUGGAUUCUUGGUGACACCUUUAUCAGAACCUUCUGCAACGUCCACGACGUCGCUCAAGGAAAAAUUGGAUUUCAAAAAGCUAUUCAUUCUAGCAAUUAA